AUGGCGCCUGCGAAGAAAGUUAAUAAAGUGAAUAAAUUGAAGACGUUACAUCGCAGGCGCACGAAUAUAUUGGGGUCAGCCCUUCUGAUUAAAUCAUUCAACGAUGAAUACGAUCCUGCUCAAAUGGAUCAGAUUCCGAUUCGGAUUCAACGCCUUGAUGAAUUGUGGCACGAAUUCGAAUCGAAUCAAGAUGAGUUAGAGAUUUUAGAAAAUGCAGAUGAGGAAUUUUCUGAAACCAGACGUGAAUUCCAAAAUUUAUAUUAUGAGUUAAAAAGUUCAUUGCAACGAAAUCUUGCCCAUUCACCGGCAAGGUCAACACCCUCUAUCGAACCGUCAACGUCACAUAACCUUGCACAACCGUUUACAAAUAUAAGACUUCCCGAAAUUAAACUGAAGGAUUUCUCUGGGAAUAUAGAUGAUUGGGUUUCAUUUCGCGAUCUUUUCGAUUCUUUGAUCCACUCGAAUCGACAACUUAGCGCAGUGCAGAAAAUGCACUACCUAAGAACUGCAUUGACUGGUGAAGCGGCACGGAUCAUUUCCUCGCUCGAUAUUUCUGUCCACAAUUAUCAGGUUGCUUGGAACCUGUUAAAGGAAAGGUUCGAGAACCCGAAUUUGCUUAUCAAACGCCAUAUGUCGGGAUUAUUAGCCAUCCCUAAAUUGAAAAGGGAAUCAGCGACGGAGCUUGCACAGUUAGCGGAUGACUUCGACCGCCAUGUUCAACUUCUCGAUCGACUCGAAGUAGCAGAAAAACAUUGGGAUUCAUUAUUAGUCGAACGUUUGAGUAGUCGCUUGGAUUCAACAACGCUUCGUGAGUGGGAAACCCAAUCAUACGAUACUGAGCAUCCAACAUAUAAACAACUUCUGCAGUUCAUACAUAAAAGAUCACGCAUUAUACAGACUGUAAAUAUUUCUCAGUCGUGUAGUUCUCAAACCCAGUCGAAACCGUUGAAGAAUCGUUUGACCGCCGCUCAUGCAACAUCUGAUUCUAACCACAAAUGCCCGUGCUGCAAGCUUGCACACUUCUUGUUCCAGUGUGACCAAUUUAAAUUACUUUCACCAAAACAACGUUUCGAACUUACCAAGAGGAAUGGAUUGUGUAUUAAUUGUUUGAAGGGAACACAUCAGGCGAAGGAUUGCUCCAGCGGUUCCUGUAAAAGCUACAAUAAGAAACAUCAUUCUCUCUUACAUUUGCCACCCUUUCCUUCGGCAAAUGUGAGACAAGCCGGAGCAGUAAACGUACCCGCUGAAACAAAUCGCUCGCAAGCCUGUCAAUCGUCGCAAAUCGUAUCUAAUUUCGUUCAAAACACUUUGUCGGAUGAGCAAUCGUUUGUCUCACCACUCGCGGAAACAUUCCGAUCGAACUCGUUAAAUCGUCAAUCGUUCGCGGUCGGAAUCGCUCCCCUUUCCUCGUCGGUCGUCUCGCCCGGUAGCGAAACAACCUCGUAUCAAAGUGAUCAAGUGAAACCUCGAAAUUAUACAGUGUUACUCUCGACAGCACUUGUUAAAGUGAAGGAUGUAGACAACAACAAUCAUUUCGCCAGAGCUCUUUUAGACAGUGGGUCUCAACCGAGUUUCGUUUCUGAAGCACUCUGCCAGAAGCUACGUUUGAAACGUACAAAAAUUAAUUCACCGAUCAGCGGAAUCGGACAGUCCACAGUGAACGUACACUACGGAAUCACUUUGCCGCUCUCUUCUCGUUUCGAUACCUUCUCCACCAGUUUGGAAUGUCUGGUAUUACCGAAGCUCACCGUGUCCUUGCCUGGGCACCACAUCGACGUCGUACGUUGGAACAUUCCACGAAAUCUUCCUCUAGCAGACCCACAGUUUAACAUCAGCAAAGGUAUCGACAUCAUCAUCGGUGCUGAACUGUUCUACCAUUUACUAGAACAUCAGCAAUUCUCGCUUGGCCUCGGAUACCCUAUCCUUCAGAAGACAUUCCUUGGAUAUAUUGUAUGUGGCAAGCUGGAACAGCUAUCCUCGGAGCCACCUAUAACACAAACCAGUAUGAUAUGUGCAGAACAGCAGCUCGACGCUCGACUUCAACGGUUUUGGGAGGUCGAAAACAUCGAAGACGUCAAGGAACACAGUAACGAGGAACAAGCUUGUGAGGAGCACUUCCUACAAACAACUUCCAGGGAGGUUGAUGGUCGCUUCGUGGUUCGUUUACCAUUGCGAGAAGAUAUGAUAACGUUAAUGGGCGAUUCGUACCAGCCCGCCCUCCGUCGAUUCCUGGCAAUGGAGAGAAAGCUCGCUUCCAACGAAAAACUUCGCCGGGAAUACCUUAGUUUCAUGGAGGACUACGAGAAAUUGGGUCACAUGGAGGUUUGUUCGCGCGCGUCGUGUAGUCCACAGUAUUUCCUGCCCCAUCAUGCCAUUCAACGUCAGGAGAGUUCAACUACGAAGACUCGAGUGGUAUUUGAUGGAUCAUGUCGCUUCUCCACACAACCUUCGCUCAACGACGUUUUGAAAAUUGGUCCAACGGUUCAACCUGCUUUGUACUCCAUCGUAAUAAACUUCCGCAUGCCACGUUAUGCCAUCACAGCCGAUCUGGAGAAAAUGUUCAGGCAGAUCUGGAUUCAUCCUGAGGAUCGCAGAUUUCAACAAAUCUUGUGGCGCCGAGAUCCAUCUGAACCGAUUCGCACGUAUUGCUUGAAAACGGUCACGUAUGGCUUAGCCAGUUCUCCGUAUCACGCAACCAGGGUGCUGAACCAGCUAGCCUCAGAGGAAAGGAGCCGGUUUCCAUUGGCGGAGCCAAUAAUCAGGAAAGGCACGUACGUCGACAACGUAAUUGCUGGACAUGAUGAUCAUGAAACUCUCAAGGAGGCCUGCGCGCAAUUGAUCAAAAUCUUCCAGUCUGCUGGAUUUGUACUUCGCCAGUGGGCGUCAAACAGUACGACAGUUCUCUCCAACGUUCCCAAGGAUCUAUGGGAGAAUUCUACAGAAUUGGAAAUAGAUCAAUCCCUCGCUGUGAAGACUCUAGGACUGUUGUAG